AUGAAUGACAACAUUCUUGACGCAAACCUGGAACAGCUCCAACAAAUCCUAGGGUUGCCGGUUCGCCUUCGUCGUCCGUCAGAGGUGGAGAACGAGCAGCGCGACUCGGUUGAAAAGCCAACGAACUUCGAGACGGAUGGGGAGAAAUGGCAAACCGAACAUGGACACGACUCCAGUGACGAUUUGGGGGCAAGCUCCUCCCCAGCAAAGCUCGGAGGGCAACCAGUGACGCAAGCGACACAGGACUGGUCUCUCGCCAACGCGAGCCAUGACAGCUCCUCUCUUCGGGUUGGCGACAUCAACAACGCGAUCAUUGAAUUUUGCCCAUGGGCCAUGAUUGUGAGAUAUCCAGAUAGAUUCAUCGGAAAGGCCAAUAAGCCUCGUGCCCGUCCCUUCUUCAACAAUAUCAUGGACGGACGAAAAUGGGACUUCUUUUACCUGCAUGAUCCGAUCAAGACACUGGAUCGACCGCAUCUUCUCGUACCGACGUUUCAGUUUGAGGAUUUUUUGGACGAGAUCAACCAAAAACUCUCCAUCGCCCUGAAAAUACCCAUGGGGGAAAAUCGACGGAGGUUCUGCCUUAAAUUUGGCAAAGACGGGACCCCCCAGCCGCGAUUCCUCCAGCAGUCUGAAGGCAAGCGAAGCCUCGACAACCUCAUCUACCCGGAAGCCUCUGCAGACGAUACCAGCAGCUUCAAGACAGCUCGGAAAGGAGAGCAAGAUGCCUUCAUGGACAUGCUGGACAAGUUGAACCAAUAUGCACAGUACAAGGACAAAGAACAGAGUGCCUUGGAGCGAGCCAAGAAGAGGGCGUCGGACCGAAAAGAGAUGAUGAUGAAAGUGCAGGCUUACCUUGAUCUCGAGAAGAAGAGCCCGCGUCGCACUGUCUUCAUAUGCAUGGAUGUUGAGGCCAUUGAGUUCCCCCCUCACCCGGUGUCGGAAGUAGGAAUCGCCAUCUUGGACACGGACACCAUUCGGGGGACGGCGGUAGGUGAGAGCGGCUCAGGAUGGUGGAAUCAGAUACAAGCGUGUCACAUUCGCACAAAGGAGUACUCUAGACUGGUGAACCACAAAUAUGUCCACGGGUGCCCCGACGCAUUCGAUUUCGGCGCGAGCAGUUUCGCGACGAAAGGCGAGUUGGUCGAGACGAUCAAGUCAAUUCUGGCACCCUACACGAACGGGAGGGUUGACCUUGUCUUCGUCGCGCACGACACGAAGCAGGAUGUCAAGUUCCUUUCCAGCAUUGGCAUGAACGUGCUCAAACUCCCCGGCAUGAUUGGCGAAAUCGACACAGCUGUGCUGCAUCAAGAAUGGUGCAGUUCCAACGAAAGCCGGAGCCUGCGCUCGGUGCUCAACGAACUCGGGUUUGAAAACAAGAACCUACACAACGCCGGCAACGAUGCGGUGUACACGAUGCGGGCCAUGAUCGGCCUCGCAGUGGAGCAGCUGCGCAAGGAGGAGGCCGUGGCCAAAAACGAAGAGUAUGUACCGGCCAUGAUGGUGGGGAGAAAGUGA